AUGGAUUGCGUCAAGUGCAGAGAUACUGUCACCGACGGUGUUGUAUGUAGUCAGUGUCGGAGGCACCUACAUUACUCCUGCUCUGGCCUCCAGGAAACCACGUACCGUAAGAUGACAUCGGAGAAGAAGGAUAAUUGGCGUUGCAUCGAUUGUCGUAUGUCGGGUAACUCCCCAACUUUAUCAGACGUAUUAAAGGAGUUGAAGAAUCUCCGUAGCUGCUUUGAUGACCUUAAGGCCGAUGUCGGCAUUGUAAAGACCUCUGUCGAAGAAGUGACCGCCCAAUGGAGAGAGAUCAAUUCUAGGAUGGAAAAUAUGGAGGGAAGAUUGAGCAGCGUUGAGCGUGUAACUUCUAAUUUGGAAUCAGUUCGUAAGGAACUUGAUGUAGCAAAUGGUACAAUAGCUGAGCUUAAGAGAGAGAAUAACUUACGUGAGCAAUAUUCCAGAAUAAAUAAUGUUGAAAUUUCCGGGAUACCGUCACAUAAAAGUGAAAACCUGCUGUCCAUUUUGGGCAAAAUUUACUCCAAGGUUGGCUUGCCUUUGGAUCUACGUGACAUUAACCGUGUACACCGUGUUCGCCGUUUUGAACAGGACAGAAACGUACCUUCCCGUCCACCUGCUAUAAUUGUUCAGUUUGCACGGCAAUGCUCUAAGGAUCAGCUGUUGGCAGCUAUUCGGUCUCGACGUGGUAUCAGCACAGUUGAUGUGGGUUUGACCGGUCCUGCUACAAAUAUCUACUUCAGCGAUCAUCUCAUACCGGCGAAUAAGUUACUUCUGAAGCGCGCGCGUGAGUUGAAGCAACAACGUGGUUUUGCUCAUCUAUGGGUUCGCGAUUGUAAAAUUUUCAUGAGGAAGUCGGACUCCUCUAAGGCCAUACGUAUAUCUGGUGAUGGUGAUCUCUCGAACAUAAAGUGA